AUGCAAUCCACAAGAAUUCCCUUCGACGUACCUGAUAGAUGGCGCCCUGUUCCCUCAUUAUGCGGCAUCCCAGUCGAUCUGCGGCUCAUGAUCUAUGAGUAUGCCGUCAAACUCGACAAGGCGAUCGUGCCGCGCCAGGUCGCCGACUGCUCAAACAAGUUUACCUGGGGAGAGCGUGAGCAGGUGCCCGUCCAUAAUCAUCCCGGCAAUCGUGACUAUUUAUGGGAGAGCCGGGACAAUGAGCGCCUCGCCGUUGUUUCGCUCAACUUGACCUGCAAGCAAUUUUAUGAAGAGCUAAGAAGCUAUCCCGUCUUCUACCGCAUCAAUCGGUUCCAAUUUGACCUCCAGGAUCUGGUGCCAUUCCUGGUCGCAGUUACGCCAGAACGCCGUAAUGCGAUUCGACAUAUCAACGUGACGCAAAGGUCGUCGAUCGGUACUCCCAGGGCUAGGCAGAUUACCACUCUCUACAAGCAUGCCGUCACUGUUUUGAGAAAUUGCUCGAGCCUGAGAGAUCUCCCUGCAGUCCUUGAAGGCCUCGACCGCAGCAUGCCUGCCAACAUUCAGACGACAGCUCCCCGGAGAGACGAUGCCAAGUUCUGGAAGCAGGCUGUCGACUUUGCCCGCCUCGAUAUCAGUGGUGCAGACCGGUCGUGUGGCUUUGGCCCGGUGAGUCUAUCCACGCACACUCGAGCUGCCGUACUCCAGCAAAGCCGGCUCGACCGCACUGUGGACUAUCGUCUCGGCACACUUCGCAAAUAUCUCUUGCCACGGUAUGAUGCUAUGGGCCGGCUGCUGUGGCGGGUACAGGAGAUCACAAACGUUCGAUGGUUCCUAGAGGGGCCUCGCUGUGAGGUGCGCUGGUGGAACACGGGCGGUCACGCUGAAACUACCGAGUGGGAGGAUGCCCAUGCGCUCAUGACACCGGAAGGCUUGGAGCUAUUCCGAAGGUUCUAUGAUGAUGCUGCCGCCCGGUAUCAUAAUGUCGUAUGGGCAAACGUGGGGCGUGGCACCGGCGGCCCCGAUGACAUUCGAUUUACAACUCCUAUGAGAGACCUGGAUGCCGAGCUUGAGAGGCUCCGCGCGACGCCGAUGCCCAACGAGAUCCAAGCCAUGGGCGACGCUAGCCUGUUCAGAAAGAGGGCGCUGCAGAGCCUCUGGAGACGUCUCCAGCGCGACUAUCAGAAUACCGAAUACAUGCUUCGAGCCCAUCGCAAUCUGGCCACGGAGCGAGAGCAGAUGGAUAGGGAAAAUCCGAAGAAGAGGGCGGCCAAAACCACCCAGGCUGAGGUGUGGCCUAGAAAGCGGGUGAAGCAUGUGGGCAGCAAGUAG